GCAGCCUUUCUCCCUCUUACAAAAAAUGCUGGAGAAAAUUUGGAACUUUUUAAGUUGUUGUCCUUCCUGAGCCGAACGAAAUAGUGUUAUAUCCAAUUUCUGUAUAUAAGCCGAUGAAAUUCGCAGUAAAAAUAUCAAUCAGCCUUCUGAGUUUGUUCCAAUAUAACAGCAAACAGCUCUAAAAUGUUUUUCAAAACCGCUUUUGUCGUUCUGGCACUCGUUGGGGCCAUCGCAGCUCAGCACUAUUAUCAGCAGCAGCAGCAGCAUCAUCACCACGAAGAGGAAGAACAUCAUGGUCCCGCACACUACGAAUUCCACUAUGACGUACAUGAUGACCACACCGGAGAUGUUCACGGCCGCAAGGAAGUCCGUCAGGAUCAUCUGACCCAGGGUGAAUACUAUCUGAUUGAUGCCGAUGGCCACAAGCGUACCGUGACUUAUCACGUCGAUGGCAAGAGCGGAUUCAUCGCUCAGGUUCACCGUGAACCAAUCAAGGGCUACCAAGCUCCCCAGCCGGUGCAUAAAGUGCUAGCUGCCCCGAUUCACAAAGUUCUCGCCGUUCCAGUGCACCAUGGACAUCAUUAUUAGGCAGAUAUCUAAAGUGAUAACCUUGUUUAGUGGAAU